CUAUCCCAGACUCAUUUGGCAAUAUGCUCAGCUUGCAAGGACUUUACCUAUCGCACAACAAUCUUUCUGGCUUCAUACCGAAGUCAUUGGAGGCACUUCGGGACCUCAACGAGCUUGACGUUUCUUAUAAUCAUUUAAGUGGUGAAAUUCCUUCUGGUGGUCACUUUAGGAACUUUACUGCUGAAUCUUUUCUGUUCAACGAUGCAUUGUGCGGAGAUUCCAGGUUUCACGUGCCAUCUUGCCCAAGAACUAAUUCAAUUCACAGGUCAAGAACCAAAAAGGUGCUUCUAUAUGCAUUUGCUCCUCUGGGACUCGCUGCUGUGGUUGUCGCAGCCUUAGCAAUUGUCUUCAGAAGAUAUUGGAAGAAAUAUCAGGAUUCUAAAGGAAAAAACAUGGUAUUGGUGCCAACGCAAGAAAGAGUUUCGUACUAUGAACUUCUUCGAGCAACUGAUGGGUACAGUGAAAUCAAUUUGCUUGGCAUUGGGAGUUUUGGAUCUGUUUACAAGGGGAUUCUGAAUGAUGGAAGGUCUAUUGCUGUAAAGGUUUUCAAUUUGGAAUUGGAAGGAGUAAUCAAGAGCUUUGAUGUAGAGUGCAAAGUCCUGAAGAACCUUCGCCAUCGAAAUCUUGUGAAGGUCAUCAGCGGUUGUUGGAACCAGGAUUUUAGGGCCUUGGUGCUUGAAUACAUGUGCAAUGGAAGCCUUGAGAUGUGGUUGUGUUCUGACAACUAUUUCUUAGAUACUCUACAGAGAUUGAAUAUAAUGAUAGAUGUGGCAAGUGCAGUGCAAUAUCUCCACGAAGAAUAUUCAACGCCUGUGAUUCACUGUGAUUUGAAGCCCAGUAAUGUCUUACUUGAUGAGGAUAUGGUUGCCCACGUCAGCGACUUUGGUGUUGCAAAAAUGCUGGAAAAGGAGGAAAGCUUUGCAUGGACCAAGACCUUAGCUACAGUUGGCUACAUUGCUCCAGAGUAUGGAUCUGAGGGGUUGAUAUCAGCAAAAUGCGAUGUUUAUAGCUAUGGAAUCAUGCUGAUGGAAGUUUUUUCAAGAAGAAAGCCUAAUGAUGAGAUGUUUGCUGGAAAUUUGAACUUGAAGAGUUGGAUAAAUGAUUCUCUGCCUAAUUCGAUUCUUCGAGUCAUUGAUGCUAAGUUGUUGAAGCGCGAGGAUGAAAAUUUCACUGAGAAGUUGGAGGGUUUUUCAUGCAUCAUGGAAUUGGCCUUAAAAUGUGUUCGUGAAUCUCCAACUGACAGACUCAGUAUGAAAGUUGUUCUUGAAACACUGAAGAAGAUCAAACUCAAAUUCAUGCAGGUCAGGCAGGCUGAUGAAUAGUUCGGAUCGAAUAUGUGGCAUCUUUUAUAAUCAUCCGAAAUAUUAGGGAAGAGAGGCCAAUUUGUUUAUAUCAAAUAAACUGAACCACGUGAGAUUUGAAAGGCAUUGUAUUACUGCAAAUAAAAUUGU